GCUUCGUAUUAUCGUUUGGAUUAAGAGUUAUGGCAUUAAAUCAAGAAUUACAAAUGUGCAUCCCUAUACGCGUCAACUUAACAUUCUGUGGUUGAGUAUCCCCAUCUUUAUUUCAAUUCCAUGCUCACACACAAGCAUGAAUCCUAGGACUACCUACCUAUACAUAUAUGUGUAUGAAUCUCUGGUACGCCUGUUGUUGCUGCGUAACCGUAAUCUCAAACCCAGCGUUUUAUCCUCCUAAAAACUUUAGUUUCACCGUUUAUUAUUAUCAAUAAUUUUUUACGAAUUUAUAAAAAAUAAAUUGAAUAUUAUUUUCCGAAAUUUAUAAUAUUAUUAAUGAUAUGAUAAAAAGAAUAAACAAUACAUGAAAAAAUAAUAUAUUGUUUCACAAAUGAUCGAUAUGGUGGAGGCGCUGGGUUCGAGGCUAUAGUCGGGAAGCCGUAUGCGCAUGUCACUUCACUUGGACGAUCUCUUUCUGUUGUGGCAUCUGGAGGUGAGUGGUUGUUCGUGGUUUACGCACAGGAGUAUAAUCCGUCGAUUUUCUUACCGAAAAGGUAGCAUCGGACGUCAGGUACGGAAUAAAACAACGAUCAAAAUACGGAUAAAAUGUGUUGUGAAAACAGUUUUACUAAAAUGUUAUUUUUUUUCGGUGAAUUAUAAGAUUAAAAAAUGGGCGCGUGGUUGAUAGCUAUAUUUGCCGGCUGUUCGAAUACGGACCACAUGCUGAUCUUGUUAAAAUUGUUUGUCAUAUCGUUCAAAAAAUAUGUUGAAUUUAGCGAUUAAUUGUUAAUUAUAAACAAAAAUUUUGUUAAUAAACGGUACAAAACGAUUGAAUAAUUAAAUGUGACUUUUAAACUAUAAAAAUUAGAAAAAGCAAAUAACCGGAUGCAGUAUGGCGGUCGCUUGUCAGAACUGGAGAGUUACGGUCACAAGUUCAGGCAUCAUUGGAAUUGUAGUGAAAAAUCUUCGUAAUCUACGAAUUUUUUAAAAUAUUAACAAAUAUAAUUUUAAUUAAUAAUACAUUGAGAAGUAGUUGUAUAUAUUACUUUUUUGUAACAUAGUAUCAAGAUACACGAUACAUAUACUGGAAAUCGUGUGCAAUGACGACAUUGUGGGACGAUUUUUCGCCAACAAUGGAGAUUGCUUGCUGAUUUUCAAUGUAGUGGAUCGUUAAAUCAGUCAUUUUUCUUUUUUUUUUUUUUUUUUGUUAAUGUUAAAAUAUCUAUUGCCGUGUCAAAGUGGUAACAAGUGAAAAUUAUAUCGAAGAACGAUAAGUGAUAAACUUGAUAAUUGAACAAUAAACUAUAGCAAUUGCAUAAUAUACCGCUUUUUAUGUGUUUGUGAUAAUUUAUCAAUUUGUUAAUAUUUUUAUUUCUUUUUUUUUUUUUGUAUUAAAUUAAUAUUUGACUUGCAAUAUUCUAAUAUUAUAAAAAUAUAUUAUAAAAAUAGUGAAAUUAUUUAUAAUUAAAAUAUAUAUUAUUUUUAAAACGCGUUUGUAAAUAAUUAGUAUAGUGAAUAUGUACAUAUAUAGCUUAAUUUCGUUUAUUAGAAAUUAUUAAAAAUAAUUUAUAAUAGCAUUGUGCAACAGUAAGCGUCAAGCAAUUGUGGCAACGCUGCAACGUUCUUACCAUGUACAAAAUGGCUGCUAGUUUCGUUCUCGAAUAUUCAGAUACCGCCACGUGGACCUUAACUCGGACACCUGCUGCUUCCUUAAUAAAAAUAAACGAUGAUUAACUCGAAUUAAUUUUUUUAAAUAAAAUUUAGAGUUCAAAACAAUUAUUAAAAAAAUAUUUUAUCAUAAAAUAAGAGUUAACCAGUAAAGUCUCGUAAAAACUUUAUCAUGGGUAAAGAAAAGAUUCAUAUUAACAUUGUCGUUAUUGGACACGUCGACUCUGGCAAGUCUACCACUACUGGUCAUUUGAUCUACAAAUGUGGUGGUAUUGAUAAACGUACCAUUGAAAAAUUCGAGAAGGAAGCCCAGGAAAUGGGCAAAGGAUCCUUCAAAUAUGCCUGGGUAUUGGAUAAGCUAAAAGCUGAACGUGAACGUGGUAUUACAAUUGAUAUUGCUCUGUGGAAGUUCGAAACAUCAAAAUACUAUGUUACUAUUAUUGAUGCUCCUGGACACAGAGAUUUUAUCAAAAACAUGAUUACUGGUACCUCUCAGGCUGAUUGUGCUGUGCUGAUCGUUGCUGCUGGUACUGGAGAGUUCGAAGCAGGCAUUUCAAAGAAUGGACAAACUCGUGAGCAUGCUUUGCUCGCUUUUACUCUUGGUGUGAAACAAUUGAUUGUUGGUGUUAAUAAGAUGGACUCCACUGAACCACCAUAUUCUGAAACCCGAUUUGAAGAAAUUAAAAAAGAAGUGUCAUCUUACAUUAAAAAAAUUGGUUACAAUCCAGCUGCCGUUGCAUUUGUGCCAAUUUCUGGUUGGCAUGGAGAUAAUAUGUUGGAAGUUUCUUCAAAAAUGCCUUGGUUUAAGGGAUGGACUGUUGAACGUAAAGAAGGAAAAGUUGAAGGAAAAUGUCUCAUUGAAGCGCUUGAUGCUAUUCUUCCACCUACUAGACCUACAGACAAGGCUCUCCGUCUUCCUCUUCAGGACGUAUAUAAAAUCGGUGGUAUUGGAACAGUACCAGUUGGUCGUGUCGAAACUGGUGUGUUGAAACCAGGUAUGGUUGUCACAUUUGCUCCUGCCGGUUUGACUACUGAAGUUAAAUCUGUUGAAAUGCAUCACGAAGCUUUGCAAGAGGCUGUUCCUGGUGAUAAUGUUGGUUUUAACGUCAAGAACGUAUCUGUGAAAGAAUUACGUCGUGGUUACGUUGCUGGUGAUUCAAAGAAUAAUCCACCUAAAGGUGCUGCUGAUUUUACUGCACAAGUUAUCGUAUUGAAUCACCCUGGUCAAAUCAGCAAUGGUUAUACACCAGUACUGGACUGUCACACUGCUCAUAUUGCAUGUAAAUUCGCUGAUAUCAAAGAGAAAUGCGAUCGUCGUAAUGGAAAGACAACUGAAGAAAACCCGAAAAGCAUCAAAUCUGGAGAUGCUGCUAUCGUUAUGCUUGUGCCAAGCAAGCCCAUGUGCGUUGAGGCUUUCCAAGAAUUUCCACCUUUGGGGCGUUUCGCUGUUCGUGACAUGCGUCAAACGGUAGCUGUUGGUGUUAUCAAAGCUGUAACUUUCAAGGACGCUGCUGGCAAGGUCACCAAGGCUGCCGAGAAGGCCCAGAAAAAGAAAUAACUAGUUUCCGUACAUGUGUAUCGCCAGAUGGGCUUCGGCGUAUAGUAGCUGAAGUAGUUUACCUUCUUUCUUCACGUUUCUCGCACGAGAGCAACGCUACAUUAUUGCCAUUGGAGACUGAAAUAUUUUCAACGAAAUCGCGACUAAUGAUUAAGAGUAAUAAAAUCGGUAAAGAAUCGCGACGACUGGCAUUCAUUGUGCAUGUAAUUGCACGUUCGCCAUAUUUUUUUGAUAUUCGUAUAUUCCAUUUAUCAAAAUGGUUACUCCGUCACUUUUCUCACCGUAAAGAAUUUCGUAGGAAAGGUAAGAAUGAUCGACAAUGGUAUAAGCAAUGCUUUUCUCGCUUCGCGAGUUCCAUGAGAAAAGAAAGUGAACUAUGGAAAGCUACUUGUAAUAUCUGUUUCACAUGAAAACAUCAAAAACAUAAUUUAGCUCGGCUUAAUUAUAUUUUCUAAUUAUUAUACGGAAAUAAAUCCUAUAUCUGCGAUAUUCGAAAAACAUUCAUUAUUAUUUUUUUGCCGUCAUUAUUAAUUAAUCAUCGCCAUCCUUAUUGUAAAAUGCUUCAUAUUUCUGAUAUUAUUUGUAAAAAAUUAAUUGAAGAAUAUUAACAAUUUUUUAAAUUUUUAACUAUGAGUUGGGAUACAUCGAUGUAAAAAAAAAAAGAUUGAAUAAUAGAAAAAGAAAAAGUAGUAGUUCCAAUACGAAUUUGGUUGGGAGAAAAUGGGACCUGUUUUUUUAUUACUUUCCAAUUACCUGACUAGGUGAGGAAUUGAACUGCUAUACUAUAUACACAACAUUUUUCUACGAUAUAUGUCUUUACAAAGAUUUACCUUAUCUUUUUACACAUUAUAUGUUAAAAGAGUAUGUGCGGAAAUAUGAUCUGCAAUGGUUCAACACUUUUAUCCGCGAUUUUCCGAUUGAAAUUGGUUAACAACGGUUUUCUGUACAUACGUAUAAAUAACAAUAAUAAAAAAUAAAGGAGCUACGGAAACAUUA